AUGAAAUCUCUGUUCAUCAUACUCGCGUUCUUAUUGCUGUUUGGACUCGUGAUUAAUUACAACACUAAAUAUUCCACUUCUGUCUUUCUAACAAGAGCCUUCUUUCAUGUCGUCCUAUUGAGAAACAAAUAUUUGGGUAUGAAAGAAGGAGAUCCCGAAUCAAGUAUGAUUGGUAUCACCACUCGGGAUUGGAAAGAAGUUUCGUUGGAGGCUCAAACCUUUUACAAUAUGGUUCGUUUUGUAAGAGGUAAACUCCGUGAUGGAGUGUCGGAUGUGGAGCUGAGGGAUGUUUCCUAUCAUGCGUUAGCUCCUCCUGUUUCGUUUCAUAACUCAUUGAGUUUUAAACAUGUUCCUGAAAUUCGGAAUUCAAUAUUUGUAAAGUUGAGAGAUCAGUUCUAUGUUGAGCACUUCUUUGGAAAGGAUCGUCGUGGAAAGGUCAUCUUUCUGUUGCAUGGAGGAUGUGGCUUUGCUGGACACUACGAUGGUCAGGAACUGAGAAGUAUUGUUGAGCACAUGCAACAUAGAUUUAACAGUUCCUUGACACAUAUUCUCUCUGUGGAUUACAGACUCAUGGGAUUGACGGAAGAAGAGAGAGCGAAGAAAAAUGUUUUUGCAUCCACAUUUAGCGAACAAGCAGACGAUGCCAUCCAAGCGUACAAAUGGUUGUUACAAGCAUUUAAGCCUGAGGAUAUUGUUGUUGUAGGAAGUUCAUUUGGUUCUGCCCUUAGUGUAGAAUUGUUACGAAGAGCAGCCAACGAAAACCUUCCAUUGCCAAAAGCUGCAAUUUUAAUUGGUGGUGUCUACGAUUUAAGUAUGAAACUAACUCACAGUAACAAGAAUUCGAGAAAUAAUAUCAUGCUAUCCGAUCAGCUUAUUGACGUUAUGCACAGAGUGUACAAAGAAGAAGAGUCUCCUCUCGUCACAUGGAAGAAUGUCAACAAGGCAGUGUUUUCAACCAAUCUUUAUAUGAUCUACUCAAAUGACGAAGAAUUAACCAAAGACAAUGAAGUGUUCAUUCAGCUUUUAAAGGAUCUCGGACAUCCAUCGGUGAAAGUCUCUGCUGAUCGAAUGAUGAUUCAUGUGCAUCCAAUUUUCGAAUAUUAUUUCCCUGAAGCAAAAGUUGCCAUGUCGAAAAUUAUGGACUUUAUCGAUUCUCUUCAAUAA